AUGAUUGAACUCGAACCACUCGAUGAACGCGGCAUACGUGACGAUGCACAUCAAAAGUUUGAAGAACGUUCCAACCCCAUUUCCAUUGUGGAUCAUUUGUGGACUUUCUAUGAUAUCAAUGAUUGCUGCCUGCAAUCUCAACUUCAUCCAGAUCAAGAUCGGGGACGACUUGUCGAUCAGGCUAACGCAAGUCAAACCGAGUGGUCAAUUCAAUGGUAG